AUGGACGAAAGAAAGGCUUAUGGUAAAAUUAUCGACGAUUUCAGUAAGAAACUUAGUUCCUACUAUGAGAGUGGUAAAAUCAAAUAUUGGUACCCUAUGUUCUCUAAGAGAAAUAAUAAAGGAAUUGAUAUCGAUUGGGUUGCAGUGAACGAUAAAUUGUUCUUGAAGAAUACUCCUAAUAAAGUGUUGUAUAAUAGAUGGAUUAUGGCCGAUAGUGGUUUUAUUACAGCUUUAGUGUAUUCUGCGGAUGGGCAGUAUCUUAUUAUCGGUCAUUCGACAGGACUUGUUCAGAUGCGACAUGGCCAGAUUGGAACGGUGAUGGCGACUCUACGUAACAUUCAGUUUCCCCCUAAACCUGUGUACGCUUUAGAGUACAGUCGUACUGAUAAAAACGUCUGCUAUGCUGCAUGCACUGACGGGGCCGUGUACAAGCUUGAUAUACCUGAUGUUAAACAUAUGAACGUAAAUGGUCAAGAUACUCCAAAAUAUUGCAUCAGAGCCGAUCCAGCCCUAGAAUGUCUUAAUACUCAAUACUAUGGAAACCCAUCCGCCUCUGGCAACUCUUCACCGUUCAUCACACAGCGCACUCCAGUCCUUUCCCUGGGACUAACAGCCGAUUCCCAGAAGAUGGUCGUAGGAUCGGCGGACUGCUCUGUAAAAGUUUAUGACAUGGAAACGCAAGAGCCAGAGGUGAUUUUCAAAGUGCACAAGCUUCGCUUACAAUUCAUUCCGAAGAAACUACAACGUGUCCAUAGCUCGCAAGUGGUUGCUGUACGAUGUCAUGAUCAGAAACCAAACGUGUUUGCCACCGGUAGUUGGGACAAAACUUUGAGGAUAUGGGACACCAGAUGUAAAAUUGGCUGCAUGAUGACAUUCGAAGGUGUUAACGUAUGUCAUGACAGUAUUGAUUUGAAUAGAGACCACUGCAUUGCUGGAAGCUGGAGCCCAACCGAAGGCCUGUCGGUAUUUGAUAUCGUGGCUCGCAGGAAACUCCACGUAGUCCGUGUCCAGAAUCGUCGCCCUGACGUCGAUGGGGAAUAUGUAUACGCUUGCCGAUAUUGGAGAUCUCAAUUCAACCACAAAGGCAAAUACGCCAUCAUAGGAGGCAGCGGAACUAACUGCGUGGAGGUGAUUAAUCUUCACAACAGAUACAUCACGUGCUCAUACCCGGCUUCCGGCACCGUGCUGGCUGUUAGCAGCCAUGAAGACCGUAUUGCUUUUGGAGGCACCGCUCCAGUAUUCAACAUAGUCAGCUUCCACGAUCCGAAACAUGAAAAAUACGAAGUCGAUAUCAGUCCCUUGGACUUCACACGAGUUCCGAUACAGGAGUAUGAAAUGGAUCUCACAAGAAGAUCGUCUAUAAUAGAAGACUUGAAAAAGAACCAGGAAGGCAAAAAGAAAUCAACAAGGACAAGUAACGAGACUAUGGACACUUUACUAGACAAUAAUGAAGACAAGGUUGAAUUGAAGAAACAAGACUAG